UAUUUUUAAGCACUAGUCAAAAUGGCUGCCAAACUGUAGGAGGCACAUUGAAGGCUCAGGGUUUGAAAGAAAGGGCACUCAAACUAUCUUAAAGCAUGGUGUUGUUAAAGCUCAAGUUCCCCUUCCAGAAGCGGGUGCGUUUGGCCCAGGGGCUCUGGCUGCUCUCAUGGGUGGCCAUGUUCUCUGGUGCUGUCACCUUCGCUACAGGGGUUUUCCUCAAAACUGAGCUACAUCGCAGAUCAGAGGUGAUGCACAGUAUGGACAUCCACAUUGUGCCAAAUCUGCUGAUGGCAGUGGGGUUAGCAUCAGUGGGCAUCAACAUCUGUGCUGGUAAAGUCUGCCAGGACUCACUGGACCCCUCGCGUUUCCCGCGCUGGAAGACGCUUCUGCUGCCGUUCUUCUGCUUGUCUGUCUUCUUUACAUCUCUGCUGCUGGUGGCCAUGAUCCUAAGCUACGCCCUGCAGCCCAGCCUGGAGGAGUCGCUGAAAAUUGGCCUGAAGAACGGCAUUCGCUUCUACAAGGACACAGACACACCAGGCCGCUGUUUCCAGAAGGAGACUAUUGACCGUCUGCAGAUUGAGUUCCAGUGCUGUGGAAACACCAACUACAGGGACUGGUUUGAGGUGCAGUGGAUCAGCAACCGCUACCUGGACUUCACAUCCAAGGAAGUGAAGGAUCGUGUGAGGAGUAAUGUAGACGGCCGGUAUCUGCUGGACGGCGUCCCGUUCAGCUGCUGUAACCCAGCCUCACCGCGGCCCUGCAUCCAGUACAGUCUCCUGGACAACAAUGCCCACUACAACUACGAGUACCAGAGUGAAGAGCUGAAUCUGUACAACCGCGGCUGCCGUCAGGCCCUCGUCAGCUACUACAUGGGCUUAAUGAACACCAUCGGCCCGUGUGUUCUGCUUGUUUUUCUUCUCCAGAUGGCCAUUCUGGUGGGUCUGCGCUAUCUGCAGACUGCAAUGGAGGGAGUGCUGGGACAGGAGAAUGUGGAGAUCGAGACUGAAGGAUACAUCCUAGAGAAGGGAGUGAAGGAGACAUUGCUGGAGACCAAAGAAAAGAUGAUGAAACUUCUUCAGUUCGCUCAGGUGGGCGACGCGUCUGCUGAGACCCCGGGAUCAGAGCCAGAGGCGGAGAAGCCAGCCACAGCCUAAAAGACCAAGUGUUAUUGUAUAAAAGGAGCUCUCAUGCAUAUAUGAGUGCUGUCCUGUCCUUGAUUAUAUCAUCCUCCUAAGGGAAUAAAUCAUCAUGGUAAUUAUAAUGUAACACUGUUACUUCAUUACACUGUAAAUGAAGUCAGCAAGUUACCCAAAGAUUUGAGGUAAAAACCUAGCAACCUCUUUAAAAUGCUGGUUUAUACAAAUCCUGACAACACCAAAACACCCCCUUUGAUAAUUCUAUAUACAGUGAAGCUGUGUAAAGGAAAGGUGAAGAGAAAUUGAAGGCAAUGUAAUGGUACACUUCAUCACAUGUGGUCUGUAGAUGUUUGGCUAUACUUUGUGCUUUGCUUUAAUAGACAAAAGCUGAAACUGUAGAUGCAUGCGACAAAUAAAGAGUUUUUAACUGA